GUUCUUCAACAACCUCCCCCUCAACAAUCCCAUCACAACCCAAUUGACAAUUAUCACUGUCCUUCUUGUUAUUGCCUUUCGUUUUUCUUUCAGAUAGACUUGGAGAGGCGUUUGUGUGUCUCUCUUCUAUCUGCAGACACGAAAGCUCUACUCAAUCAGCAAUCAACCGAUCUUCACAUUGAAAUAGACGCCUUCACAGCCUCACUUUACCAAAUCAGCGUCUAAUCCCUCGAGGCCUUUUCUAUCAAGAAAAUCAGUCGAACAGCACAGUCGUUCAAGUUUCAUCAAAUUAUCGACAAGAAUCAAUCCUCAAUAUGGCUGACUCUUUGAACAUGAACGGUCUCACUUUGAACGAGUCCCAGCACGCUCCUACCGGCCCUAUGGGCAAUGGCCCUCGCACCUACAUUCCUCCUCACCUACGUGGCCAGUCUCGCGGACCUCCGGUGAUGAACAUGGAUGGCGCUGGUCCUGCACCACCUGCUGCAACCCAGGGUUUGAACGGCAGUGCAUGGGCAAACAACAACAACAACGCCGGUGGUGGAUGGGCAAACGCUCAAGAUUUCAAACCUGGCCCCACUCCUCAAGCCAGCGCUCCUCAAGCUAACGGCUGGGCUGGACAAAAUCCGCGUCCUUUCAAUCCCAAUGCCUACGGCGCUCCUGGCGGUGGCUCCUAUGGUGGCGGAGGCGGCGGUGGAAGCCAUGGUGGAUAUGGCGGCAGUUCUGCCCGUGGUUCAGGAGAUGGACAAUGGCGAGACGGUCAACAUGUCCCGGGCCCUGCAAACCCCAAGAUCGAGCGCGAGCUGUUCGGUGUUCCAAAUGAUCCAUCCAAGCAGGCGACCGGCAUCAAUUUCGCCAAUUACGACGACAUCCCGGUCGAAGCUAGUGGCCAGAAUGUCCCGGAACCCGUCGUCACCUUCACCAAUCCUCCUCUCGAUGACCAUCUGAUCAGCAACAUCAAGCUUGCGCACUACGCCGUCCCGACCCCUGUUCAGAAGUACUCGAUCCCCAUUGUCAUGGGUGGUCGAGAUCUCAUGGCCUGCGCUCAGACCGGCUCUGGCAAAACUGGCGGUUUCUUGUUCCCGAUCCUUUCGCAGGCUUUCAAGACUGGCCCCUCCGUCACUCCUGCUACUGGAGGAGGCUUCCGCCAGCGGAAAGCUUUCCCGACAUCUUUGAUCUUGGCUCCAACUCGUGAGCUUGUCUCUCAAAUCUACGACGAGGCACGAAAGUUCGCCUACCGUUCCUGGGUGAGACCAUGCGUCGUCUACGGAGGUGCUGACAUCGGUACUCAACUUCGAUCCAUUGAACGUGGCUGCGACUUGCUCGUUGCGACUCCUGGCCGUCUGGUCGAUCUCAUAGAGCGAGGUCGUAUCUCACUGGCUAACAUCAAGUACCUGGUUCUUGACGAAGCUGAUCGCAUGCUUGACAUGGGUUUCGAACCUCAAAUUCGCCGCAUUGUCGAGGGCGAGGACAUGCCAAAUGUUCAGAACCGUCAGACUCUCAUGUUUUCUGCCACGUUCCCACGUGACAUCCAGUUGUUGGCUCGCGACUUUCUCAAGGACUACGUUUUCUUGUCCGUGGGUCGUGUUGGUUCGACUUCGGAGAAUAUCACCCAGAAGGUCGAAUAUGUCGAGGAUCAGGACAAGCGCUCCGUCUUGCUUGACAUCCUUCAUACCCACUCUGGUGGCUUGACCUUGAUCUUCGUCGAGACCAAGCGUAUGGCUGACACCUUGUCCGACUUCCUCAUCAACCAAGGAUUCCCAGCAACGGCCAUCCAUGGUGAUCGCACUCAACGCGAGCGUGAGCGUGCAUUGGAAUUCUUCCGCAAUGGUCGAUGCCCGAUCAUGGUUGCAACCGCAGUUGCCGCUCGAGGGUUGGACAUCCCGCACGUCACUCACGUGGUCAAUUACGAUCUUCCUACCGACAUUGACGACUACGUUCACCGCAUCGGGCGUACCGGUCGUGCUGGAAACACCGGUCUAUCGACUGCUUUCUUCAACCGUGGCAACCGUGGCAUUGUCCGUGAUCUCAUUGAACUCCUCAAGGAAGCUCACCAGGAAGUCCCCGGUUUCUUGGAGAACAUUGCUCGCGAGAGCUCCGGCUUCGGUGGAGGUCGUGGAGGUCGUGGUCGUGGCGGUGCUGGUCGCGGUUCUUCUGCUACUCGUGACAUGCGUCGUGCGGGCGGUGGCAUGGGCGGUGCUCCCUCAUAUGGCGGCGGCUUUGGCGGAUCUGGUGGCUAUGGCGGUGGUGGCAGCGGUUACGGUGGGGCUCCGUCAUGGGGAACUUCCGGCAGUGGUGGGGCAUACGGCGGCAGCAGCGGUGGUGGUGGUGGCAGCGGAUAUGGUGGAGGCUAUGGCAACCCAGGCGGUGCCAGCGGUCCAUCAUCUUGGUGGUAAACGACCAAGUCCGUUACACCACUGGGCGAACGAAAUUUCCUUAUGUUUCAGCAUGGUUUUUCCGAAUUUCUUCGACACUUGCACUCUCGGGAGAGUGACUGGGUGGUUGAAGAGCGACAAGUAGGCAGUCCUGCAUCAAGCUUGCUCUUUCAUGACGACCUAGAGCAUUUUCUCGAGACGACUUUUAUCGGGCACAGCAUGAUACAUGAUAGAUAGCGUUGGCUUUUCCGAUUGAUUUCCAGAUACCCCCCCCAGCAUGUCGAGCUUCCUCAUGUGGACAGAGGACGGACGAUAUGUGCAUGAACAACAGACAGCACGGCGUCGGUUUGCAACGAAAGAGAGCGGACAAGGCGCACCAACACCUCAGAUGGAUGAUGAGACUCAUGAGAGGCCAACAGGGCCUUGAAAGGCUCGAGGCCUGGUUACGGCCUUAUGAGGUUCUUUUGUCAACCACCAAAAGUUAUCUGCGGUUCUCUCUCUUUCGAACCUAUGGGACAUGAUGAUCAAAAUAGACUUUUCGACAUGAUCAAACGAGCUUUGGGAGGCCGGCGGAAACGGGACAUGGAUGGGAUUUGCAAGACCAAAAGGAAGAUGAUUGCACAUCUGCAUCUCCCGGCGUUUAUUCAGCGCGGCUUCCACGAGCUCUUUUCACGAGACCAACAGAGGAAAGGUCUUCGCUGGCUGCAUUAGAUCAGGCUUGCCAGGCCACAGAAAUUAGCAAUGCAAAAGUUUUCUGUUUCAA